UGUUUCUCAAGGCAGAUAAUGUUGCUUUCUGAUUAUAUGAUUCCUUUGUAAUUAUACUUGUCAGUUUUACUAAUUCCAGUCUAGAUUUCAGUCCGUGCAUAUACCAGUUUCCUUCUCUGCUCUGGACAAUAAUGGCUCAGAAAGGGCUAACUGAAUUCCUUAAUAAGACUCUGGCAGAAGGCGAAAAGAUUGCUCCUGCAGAGCGGCUGUUUUUGUACAAUGGGGGUUUGUAUCCUGCUAUGGUCUGUCGCCCAGAAACACUGAAAAUUCUUGACACUUUUGAAGCGAGGAGUGAUGAUGUGGUCUUAGUGGGAUAUCCCAAAACUGGUACUAAUUGGGUUGGUCAGAUUUUAACUGAGUUGGCAACGGCAUCUGGAAAGUAUGGUGAAGAAGAAUGGAAACAGAAGCAACAAAAAGAACAAGAGUUAAAAUUAUUCCCAUACCUUGAAUUUGGAGAUCCGGACAAGUUUGAGAGGAUGAAGAAAUUACCUUCCAGAAGAAUUAUAAAAACACAUCUUGCUCCUCAAAAGAUACCGAAAUCAAUUCUUCAGAAAAAGGCAAAGAUUCUGGUUUUGUUUCGGAAUCCAAAGGACACAGCUGUUUCUUACUUCCAUUUUGCCAAAGGCAUGAAACUGCGUCCCAGCGAGGAAACCUGGAAUGAGUUCUUCCCAGAUUACAUCAGUGGAAAAGUGCCCUAUGGUUUGUAUGUAGACCACAUUAUUGAAUGGAACAAGUAUCUCGAUGACAAAAACAUCAUGUUCAUUACCUAUGAGGAGAUAAAAGAGAAUGGAACUUUGGCACUGAAACAAAUAGCUGAAUUCUUUGAUUUUUCUGUGAGUGAACAAGAGAUCCAAUCCAUUAUGGAGAAAACUAGUUUCCAAGCCAUGAAAGAGAAAUCUCCAGAAACUCAUGGUGUAAUGGGCAAAAGUCUUUUUCGUAAAGGCAUUGUGGGAGACUGGAAGAAUGUCUUCUCAGAAAGCCAGAAUGAAGAAAUGGAUCAAAAAUUUGAAGAGAAUGCAGCGAGAACUAAGCUUGGGAUGAUGUUAAAAUAUGAGGAAUAUUGCAAGGGUUAAGGAAGACACGAGUUUGACACAUUUCUCCUGCUUUUGAUUUUGUGCAUGCUGAAAACUAUGUUUCUUUUGAGUCAGUUGUGUUUGAUAGCAAUCUCCUUGGUAUAUCACUCCCACUAGGUUUGCAGUACUUCAAUUGCUGAUAUAAUCUAGCAAUGUACAUUUUUUAAAAGUGGAAAACCUUUACAAGAGUUCAGUAAAAUCCUCUGCUUAUGCAGAGGGUGAAACUGAUUGAUAAAUCUGAAAUACUUUCCAUUUCCCAUUUCCAUUUUAAAAAAAAUUCUGGGAUCCCAGGAUGAAAAGUAAUAUAUAAAUUCAGAUACAUACAUGCAUACAUAUAUACAUUUUUCAAAAUGUAGAAAGCACUUUGGAGAAUUUCGAUUUAUAGGAUACCUGCAACACUAUGGAUUGACACCUUUCAGCAUUUCAUGGAUGAAAAUAGGGACAUUCCUGUGCAUGAGUGGGAAAGGGCUAGGACAGGUCCAGCAGCCAAGCUGCAUGGAUUGGCAGACAUAACACAAACUCAAUCUUCAGCAUGACACAAGCAGAAAUGGUUUUUAUUGGUUGAAGUAGGAGUUUGAUUAGUUUCUCUUUUUAAUUUGUUUUAACUUUGUGCUGGUCGUCGACCAAAAUAAAGAUUUGAUUAAUUGACAAGCAGAAA